AUGGUUGUUACAAAUGAAGAAAUAUUGAAAAGUUUUUAAGGAGAGAGUGAACUGUAGAAUUUGGUAGAGAUAUUAAAGGAUGAAGAUCUUUAAGAGAAUUUCAAAUAAGUAGUGGAAACAAUUAAAAAAUUAUUCACAUAAUAGGGGCAAUCAAAAGAAAAAUAUUUUGCAAUGAAAGUAUUAUCUUUAAUCAAAGAAUCAAGUUAAUGAUGCUAUUGAGUAAAAAAUAAAAAUUCCUUAACUAAUUUAUAAAGGCUAAAGAUCUAUUUGUUAUAUUAGAAGAACUUGCAUUGUGUGAUAAAUAAAAACCUUAUGAGAAGAGAGGGUUUUAAAUAUUUGGUGCAGAAGAAGGUAAUAAAAGAUGAUCAAAUAGAUAGAUCCAAACUUUAGUCAUAUGUUUUAUGA